AUGCCUGCGCAGUACGCGAUUUUGCACAAAGAGGAGAGUGCACAUGAAGAGGGGAUCUGGUGCGUCGCGUGGGCCACCGAUCCGGAAAGCGGCGGCUUCGAGAGAAUCGUCACGGGUGGCGCAGACGGUGUUGUUAAGAGCUGGAAAUGGGAGAACAACAUGGUCAUUCAAGAACACGCAAUGACGGGCCACAAUCUCGGAAUCGUGGGAAUCACUGCGAAUGGCAAAAAAGCUGCUUCGGUGGGAAUGGACGCGACGAUCAGACUUUGGGAUUUGGAGAGCGCCCAGGAACUGUCAAUUAUAGAAGGGACGCCGUCGAGCAUGUGGUCGAUCUGCUUUUCUCCUGAUGGCACAAAAAUCGCCACUGGCGCCACUGGAGCUGAUGUCAAGAUUUACGACUCAGAAACAUGCGAGGAAAUCCAAACCGUUUCCGCUGGAGGCAAGUGCCCUUUUGUUCUCUCCCUCGCCUAUUCUCCCGAUGGGACGCUUCUUGCAAUUGGUGGCAUGGAUGGCAUUAUAACGAUCUUUUCAACUGAGAAUUACGAUACUUUCAAUGUCAUCGAGGGACAUGCCAUGCCAAUCAGAUCUAUUGCGUUUUCAUCAGAUUCCCAAUUCAUGAUGUCCGCUUCAGAUGAUGGUCAUAUCAAAGUUUAUGAUGCAAGCCACAAGAAUCUCGUCGGAACUCUUUCCGGCCAUUCUGGCUGGGUGCUCUCCGUCGCCUUUGGCCCUGAUAACACGGCAGUCUCCUGCAGCGCUGAUAAGACAGUCAAAGUUUGGAAUGUCGGAACUCGCCAGUGCCUGCACACUUUUCACGAUCACACUGAUAUGGUUUGGUGCGCGAAAUACGCAUCUGACGGACAGACUGUCGCCACGGUCGGCGAUGACUGCAUCUUACAUAACAAGUGUGGUUUUUACGGCAACGAAUCGUGGGAAGGAUACUGUAGUCUUUGCUUCAAAAAGGCCAAGAAACAGCAAGAAGAACAAAGAACGAAGCUCGACAGUCCCGAGAGUCCGAAUUCGAAGUCGAGUUGGUUCGAUUUCAGCGAAAUCUCUUUAUUUGGCGAGAAGAAAAAGACUCGUUUGUCCCUAACGAGCGCAUUCAGCUCUGGCUCUGGCUCAUCCCGUUCGCGAUCGCCCGAGGCUGAGGCGACGGGCCCAAAAGCGGACCUCGUCUCACGCCAGUUGUUGACACUCGUGGACAAACAAUCCGUCGAGUUUGUCGCCAAAACCAAAAAGAAAAACUUUGCUCCUGAAGAGUUCGGAGAGGUGAUAACCUCCUUUUACGAUGCUCUUGCUGAUGCAAUCAGAACCAAAGAGGAUGAUGAUGAAACUGUGGCGACUUGCAUGGAUCGUGCAGAGGGGAAUAUAACCAGCGAAAUCUAUCAUAAAUUAUUUGCACAGGAAGAAGAUGAAGCGUUGGAUAUUGAUCUCCAGCGAAAGAUACGGGCUCUUCACUGGGUCGGACCGGCCAUGGUUGGCGCAAAACUAGACCGUGGUCUACCAGAAGUUCGACUUCUUAUCGACGAUGCAGUAACAAACUUUCUUCAAACAAAUUCCACUGAACUACCUCGCGAAAAACUCGAGCAUUUGUCGGCCGCUUGCGACUGUAUUAUGAAAUCACUGUCAAUAUCUACUGGCUCAUCUCCUUCAGCGGAUGAUCUUCUCCCAGCGCUCAUAUUCCUCUUGUUGCAUACUAAUCCGCCACUGUUCAAGUCGAAUUUGGCUCUUAUCCGGCGCUUAUCCCAACCUGAAAACCUUCGCAGUGGAAAACUGGCCUAUCAUUACUGCUCUAUUUGCUCAGCUGUGGGUUUUAUUGAGCGAGGCAUCAGCGAAACGGAACUCAAUUUAACGAAGAGACAAUUCGAUCAGUUCCAGAAGAGCGAGGCAAGGCCGCCAGCUGCGUUGAUGGAUUUUGACUUCACGACGAUGCGAAAGUCGGACAGAAUCGUUGACAUUUUCGACGUUGACGAGGAUGAGGUCACAUCUCCAGCGCUGGAAAGACUUCGCCUCCUGAAGCUGAAAAACGAAGAGUUCUUCAACAAAGCAAAGAAGAUGAAAGAAGAACUGACGAGUUUCUCGAUGCAUGUGCAGCGCGAAGUGACUGACAUCUCCGAAAAGUACUCCCUCUCUCCCGAUCCAUCCGAGCAAUCCGAAAAGAAUCCCCCAUGA